AGAUCAAAAUAAGAUAAAAAGUAAAAUAAAACCUGACAUUUUGACUGAAUUCCUCAUUCCCAGUUCAAAAAAACCGUAGUAUGUACUUAUAACAAAUUAACCGUAAUUUUCAAGCAUUUUUGUGAAAUGGUCCUAGUUUCAAUGAUUUAAGUGUGCCGAAAGUGUUAAUAUAAUGUCGUGUACUGCCGAAGAAAUUGCCGAAAAGCGACGAAUUGCCAUCGAAAGAUUGAAUGCUCGGAAGAAUGCCCAGGACAACGUAGGCGCCAAAGUUUCAGCACCAAUUCCGUCAUCAGCAUCUGCUACGGUUCCUCUGAAGCCUAUUUUCACCCUUCCUCUUAAGCAGAAGCAGGUGAUAGAGGCUCACAAAACAAGUGCCUUCUAUGGUACUGGUAGCAGCAGUGCCAAUCAACCGGCUACAAAUUUCAAACAAAUCGUUACCAAUGGAACGGCUGUUCCCGGUGGUGGAGGAUAUGGAAAAACCAAGAAUCUCUAUAAUAACGCUCGUUCUCAAAUGCAUCCAUAUGCGAAAAAUUCUUCCAGUAGUAAUGGGACCCCGGGAAAGAUAGCACCGGUUUUCAUCCGGACCGUUGCCUGCUCCUGUGCGAUGGUGUCCGAAUCGAGAUUCGUCGUGCAGGCUUCCGGAUUCAAUGAAAAGCUGAUCGAGGUUUUUAAAAGCAUUCCUUCCAAGCAGUAUGAACCUAACACCAAAGCGUGGACCUUUGGUAUCAAAGAUUAUGCGAUGGUUCAUGAGAGGGUGACAGCACUGAAUCCACACGUUUCGAUUGGUUCAAUACCUAAUUUUGUUCUACGGUACUUCAACGGCAAUCCCAGACCAAAACUAUCGCGAGCUUGCUUGAAUGGCAUCGAACCAUCGCUGGCCAAUGUUUUGCUGGAGUUUCAGAAGGAAGGCGUGUGUUUCGCUAUUGAUAAGGGUGGUCGAGCUUUGAUAGCUGACGAGAUGGGAUUAGGGAAGACUUAUCAAGCGUUGGCAGUGGCUGAUUUCUAUAAGGAGAAUUGGCCACUGUUGAUAUGCACGACGGCAUCGACGAGGGAUGUGUGGGCCGCAAAGAUUCGAGAACUGUUUCGCUAUGUUCCGAUGCAUAACAUUGUGACUCUGCAGGGAAGUCAAGAUCCUAUCGACGAAGCUCGGAUCCUUAUUUCAAGUUACAGUUUGAUGGAGAGGUGCUUCAAUAAACUAAUGGAACGCGGAUUUGGAUUUAUUAUUAUGGAUGAGUCGCACACGUUGAAGAACUUUAAAGCUAAAUGUACAUCGGUAGCACAUGAGCUGGCUAAGAAGGCAAAACGCGUGAUCUUGCUGUCUGGAACUCCGGCUUUGUCCAGACCAGUGGAGCUAUUUAGUCAGCUGCAGAUGUUGGAUAGGAACUUUUUUAAUUUCAAAGAGUACAGUACUAGGUACUGCGCUGGAAAACAAACGAAUUUCGGUUGGGAUGCCAGUGGCCAGUCAAACUUAGAGGAGCUCAAUCUGUUGCUGGCUGCUAGAUUUAUGAUUCGACGAACAAAGCAAGACGUCAUGAGUCAGUUAACGGACAAAAGUCGAGAAACCGUGAUUUUAGACUGGUCGCUGAUAAACAAGAACUUUGAAGCGGAAGAAAAUUUGAACAGCUAUGCCGCGGACUACUCGACGAGUAAAGGCCGCGAGCGCGAGGAAAUUUUGAUACAAUAUUAUAGCGCUACUGCAGUGGCAAAAGCUCCAGCGGUUUGUGGAUAUCUGAAGCAAGUGUUGGAGGAGAAACACAAAUUCAUCAUUUUUGCCCACCACAUCAAAAUGCUGGAUUCGCUUUCUAAGUAUUUGAGCAAACACAAAGUGGAUCACAUUCGAAUAGAUGGUACGACUAGGUCGGAUUUAAGAUCGCAACUAGUGAACAAAUUUCAAACCAAAGAUACUUGUCGAGCUGCUGUCUUAUCCUUGAAAGCUUGUAAUGCUGGAAUUACGCUGACGGCAGCACAAUUAGUAUUAUUUGCAGAGCUUGAUUGGAAUCCAAGUACGUUAGCCCAGGCGGAAAGUCGUGCUCACCGCAUUGGUCAAGAAAGUGCCGUCGUUGUUCGGUACUUGCUCGCCAAGGGAACGGCCGACGAUAUAAUCUGGACAAUGCUGCAGAAGAAACAGAACAUCCUGAACAAAGCCGGUCUUUGCAACGAGGAUUUCUCCGAUUCGACCAACGUGGACGCCCCUUGUUCGGCGGGCAACAUCGAACCAUUUCUGAAGAAACGCGAAAGCCUCGGUAGCGUUGACAAUCUUGUGGUAUGCGAAGCAGCGAAAGCCAGUGGGAGUGGUUUAUCCAAGACUGAAAGUAAUGAAAGGUUUCAGAGUUUGCUCGAAGAUGGCGAAGACGACGACUUAGUGGAUUUGGAUUUCUAGAGAAUUAAAAAAUUGUUUGUUAUAUUUUA